AUGGAUCACUCGAGAGACCCUUGCCCUUGGGUUGCCUUGAGCGACUUUGGUGGUGCAUUUUGCAUGGGUGCCAUUGGUGGUGCUGUAUGGCACGGCGUUAAGGGAUUCCGAAACAGCCCCUACGGAGAGCGACGGAUAGGAGCCAUCACAGCUAUCAAGGCCCGCGCGCCCGUUCUUGGUGGUAACUUUGGUGUAUGGGGUGGUCUUUUCUCAACAUAUGAUUGCGCGAUCAAGGGUAUCCGAAAGAAGGAGGAUCCUUAUAAUGCUAUCAUUGCCGGUUUCUUCACCGGUGGCUCUCUGGCUAUUCGUGGUGGUGUCAAGGCUGCUAGGAACUCCGCCAUUAUGUGCGCUGUUUUCCUAGCCGUCAUUGAAGGUGUCGGUAUUGGGUUCCAGAGGAUGAUGGCCGAUAACACAAAACUUGAGCUUCCCCCGGCCCCCCAAGAUAAGGCCGUUGCCUAA